UGUAGCUGGGGUUCAGGACCCUCCACGGAGUAUGUGGCCUUUACAGCUGAGGAGCCGGUGACCGACCCUGCAGGGCAGUCGAAGGUUUGUGCAGGUGCGGAGGAGAGAGGGCGACAUAGGUGGUCCUACUUCGUCUGCCGGGUUUUACAGCUCUUUAAAACACUGCACAGGACCAGACAACAAGUUUUUAAAAAUGAUGCUAGGGCAUUAGAAGCUAAUAAAAAUAGGUUCUGAUGUUGAGCUGAUACUCAGAACAUCUGUUAUACAAGGUAUUCACACAGACCACAAUACGCUGAUUUGAUUACCUUGUGUCUCUACGUGUUUCUCCUUUGGUUUCUCCUGCCUGGGACUCUGCACUUCCUGGACUUUGGUGGCUAUUUCCUUUCCCAUGUUAGAUAGGGCCAGUUGUGAGUGUGUGGAUUUUUGAGUAAAACCUCGAACCCAAAUGAGAAGAAACCUUCAAGAAACAACUUAUACUGACAGUGAGUUUACAGUCAUCUGUAUGCAUAUUAUGGAAUGUUCUCAACCCAGAGAUAGCUCUCUUGACAAGGAGUGAGUGACUGCCUGUUAAGGUCCUGAGUCAAGACAACAAUUUUUAUACCUUUCCUGUGGUUCAGAAACAAGUCCCUGUAGAAUCAAAAGCAAAGAAAGGAAACAAUCUGACCUUUUGUUUGUUAGAUUGACUAUAUAAGAUACUUGACUUCCAGGAACAAAAACACAGAGAAGUAAUAAAGUUAUUAUUUUGGCAUCUUUGGACAUCUAUCAUAUUGAGAAGCCUGCUUUGUGAAGCUUCCUGAAUUGAGAUUUGGAAACUUCAUUGGUGCUCAUUUAUAACUUGGACUGUAAGCAUGAGUGAAUUCUGGUUGUGUUUCAACUGCUGUAUUGCAGAACAGCCUCAACCUAAAAGGCGCCGGCGGAUUGACCGAAGUAUGAUUGGAGAGCCCACAAACUUUGUGCACACGGCUCACGUGGGGUCAGGAGACCUGUUCAGUGGGAUGAAUUCCGUUAGCUCCAUUCAGAACCAGAUGCAGUCCAAGGGAGGCUACGGGGGUGGCAUGGCUGCCAACGUGCAGAUGCAGCUCGUGGACAUGAAGGCAGGAUAGCCCUGGACCCCUCCUCCAUGUGAUGGCGUCUUGUUCACCCUGUUGUGAUUACUCCAGUGACACGUUACUAUUCUGCUCUGAAGAAACUAUUGUCAGAAGAAUCCUGCAUUUCCUUCAGCUGGCAUGCAUGCCUUUGGACUCACGGACAGAGUUCUUUGGAUUGUGGCUUAAUGAUUGAUUUUUAUGAAUAUGGAUCUGAUUUUAGCAUGAUCUUUUUUGUGAAUGCUAGCACUGUUUUGCAUUUUUUCCCGCAUUUUUAACAAUUUCUCUUUCCACCUCCAUCCCCUCUGCCUUAUGAUUUUAUUGGUAAGCAAAGAACUGCUAUUUUAAUUUGUCACCAUUUAUGUAUAUUUUGGAAGAUAUGAGAUCCAUAAGCACAAUGAUCACUUCUAUUCAUUUGAAACUUCAGCAGAGUAGUAUCUGCAUGCUUUAUGAAGUUGCCUGUAUGGGAGCCCAUGGGAUGCCAGAAAUGAACAUUUCCUUGCUGCCACGGGCUGAUGAUACUGCUGCUAUGAGAGAAAGGUUAGCUGUGGCACCAAGUCACAUCAGUUUCACAAAAAAAAAAAGCAAUUUGUAGCUUAUUUUAGAAGUAUGACUUUUAUUUAGAGUUAUAAUAAAAGCUUGCAUUCAUAAGGCAUUCAUUCUGUUGUAAAUGUUCAAUAUAUUUAUUUGAGAGCAAGGGCCUGGGAUUGUAAACAGGUAUGGUGAGAUGUAUCUGUGUGUGUGUGGGGUAAUACCCUCAUUGGGUCUGACUCUGAGCAUUGUGGUCUUAGCAGCUGUUCAUUUCUUUGU